GACCACGGUGAAAUGGGAACUACAUAGUUAUUGUGACCCCACUAAUCUCUAUCUUAUGUGGCAAAAUAUCUGAUCUGUCUCUGUAAUUUGGCAGCUUCAUCUCUGAACAACAUUUGUCAAGGACCUCUCUCUCUAACAAGAAAGAGAAUGCUGCCAAUUAAUCAUUUGGGCUUUACGGGUUUCCCAUAAGCUACCGCUCAGCCAACUCAAAACCCUAGACAUAAGCUAUCCUCACCGUAGUUGUGUUUUCUAGGGUUAAUUCCUGCAAAAAACAGCUUGUGACCAAUUUAAAGCCAUGGUUUCUCCUUUCAAUGUUCCUUACUGACUCUAUGUUCUCUAGGGAUUCCAACCUGCAUGAUACAGCUCAAAAUCUGAGUUCCAAGCCAUUGAACCCUGUGUUGCUGAGAUUCCUAGGGUUUUGGGAAGAUCGCAUAGACCCCAUGUAUCUCUCAGAUAAGCAGAGGCAAAGGGAAUUCUACAAAGAUGAACCCAGAACCAUUAUAAUGGCUCCUGUAACAAAUGGUUUUAGGGCACCAACAAUGCAGCAACAGCAGCAACAACAGCAACAACAAAUGGUGCUUGCAGAGAGUAGUGGUGAAGACCACGAAGCAAAGGCCCAAAAGAAGAGGGCUGAGACAUGGGCCCAAGAUGAGAUUCUGGCUUUGAUCGCUCUGAGAAAAGAGAUGGAUGGGCACUUCAAUACCUCAAAGUCCAACAAGCAUCUGUGGGAGCAAAUCUCGUUGAAGAUGCGGGAGAAAGGGUUUGAUAGAUCCCCAAAUAUGUGCACCGAUAAGUGGAGGAAUUUAUUGAAAGAGUACAAGAAGGCCAAACACCAGGAUAGAGGGGGAGGGUCUGCUAAGGUUUCAUAUUACAAGGAAUUGGAUGAUUUGGUGAGAGAGAGGGACAAGAUUGUGACAUACAAGAGCCCUCAGGCAAAAGUGGAGUCAUACAUGCAGUAUUCUGAUAAAGGCCUUGAUGAUGGUGCCAUCCCCUUUGGACCUGUAGAAGGUAGUGGCAGGUCUUCACUUAACCUGGAACGCCGUCUGGAUCAUGACGAUCACCCUCUUUCCAUUGCUGCAGCUGAUGCUGUUGCUGCCAAUGGUGUACCUCAUUGGAAUUGGCGAGAUGUCACAGAAAAUGGAGACAACCACCACCCUGCAAAUGUUGUUGGAAGAGUGAUUUUAGUUAAGUUUGGCGAUUACACUAGAAAAAUCGGUAUUGACGGUACAGCUGAAGCCAUCAAGGAAGCCAUUAAAUCUGCUUUUGGAUUGAGAACGAAAAGAGCCUUUUGGUUGGAGGAUGAAGAAGGGGUAGUUCGUAGCCUUGACAGAGACAUGCCUUUGGGAACCUAUGUUCUUCAUCUUGAUCAGGGAGUUACAAUUAAAGUUUGCCUCUGUGACAACUCUGAUCGGAUGACUGUUCACACUGAAGAGAAGACAUUGUACACAGAAGAUGACUUCCAUGAUUUCCUCAGUCGUCGUGGAUGGAUUGGUUUAAAAGAUCUUAAUGACUAUCGAACCAUCGAAUCUCUUGAUGAACUUCAUCCAGGUGCCGUGUAUCAACCUGCAAGAGUGUUGGGGGAGUGAAUUUUCUUCUUGUGGAGCUCGAAUUGCAUCUCAGUGUGUCAAGUUGUUUGUGUUUCUUGGAAGAUAUAAUUGUGCAAAAUCAUUUAAAAUACGUUUGAUAUAGUCUUAAGUAUUGUGUCACCAUAGUCAUGUCCAAAUCUGUUUGUGGGGUCCCAAUGGCAUGGUUAGUAUUUUGCUCAAUCUUCAAACCAUGUCCCAAGUUGUUUGUUUUGUACAUAUGAGGACAAUUUUCUAUGAAAUGAAAUUCAUCUCUCAAGUUCUCAGCA